AUGCCAUUCCAGUGCCUCUCCGAAGACAUAGCCGCCGCCCCAGUUCCGAUGGAUGUCACCCCGACGCAGCGCAUGAUGUCGGCGUGCGCCGGAGUGCUGGCGACAAGCCUGGUGGUGACCCCGAUGGACGUGGUGAAGACGCGAGUGCAGGCGGCGCAGGCAGAGUACGUCAGCCAGCAGACGGCGUCCUCCCUCAACGCCGGCCGCUGCGGCAACGAGAACUGCCACCAGUGCGCGGCGCCACAGGGCAGAACGUACACCACCUCCGCCCGGGCCACCCUGGCCGGCUUCGACGGCACGGCUUCUAGCGCAGCAAGGCUAGCGCUAGAGGCGGCUACAACGGCAGCGCCGCCACCGAGGGAGAGAAUACCGGCCCUGCCCACCGGCACCGUGGCCGCGCUGAUGCACAUCGCGAGGUGGGAGGGUCCCCGCGGACUGUACCGGGGCCUGGACGCGUCCCUCGUCAUGGCGAUCCCCUCCACCGUGCUCUACUACACCGUGUACGACGACUUCCUGGCGCGGCUGGAGAAGGCCGGGGUGGGGAAUCUCGCCGCACCGGCGACGGCGGGCUCUAGCGCCCGCCUGCUGGCCACUGUAGUGAUGGCGCCGCUGGAGCUCGUGCGCACGCGCGCGCAGUCGCACGGGGGGGGAGGGCCGGCGGCACCUGCUGCGGCUCAGAGGGCGGCGGCGGUUGCGACGGGGCCGGGGAGAGGGGCGGGGUUGUGGGGCGAGAUACCGCUGGUGGGAUCGGUCGGGCGGGACCUGACGAAGGUUUUCCAGGAGGAGGGGAUGGCGGCGCUCUGGCGGGGGGUGGGGACGACGAUGUGGAGAGACGUGCCGUUCUCGAUGGUGUACUGGCUGGGGUACGAGAACCUCAAGGCCGGCCUAGGGUGCGGAAGGAAAGGGGGAGCUCCGGCGGCGUCGGCGGCAGGGGGGGGGGGUCGGGGGACGGCGGGGCUCGCCGAGGAGAGGGGGUCGGCGGAUUUCUUGUUGCGAUCGUUGGUGGCGGGGGCGGUGUCCGGCAUGGUGGCGAGCCUGUUGACACACCCCUUUGACGUCGUGAAGACUCAGCGACAGGUGCUGGUGGAUGUGGUGCCCGAAUCUGGUUGCGAGCACCGGCCACCACCCCCGCCCCGGAGGGAACCUGGCACGUUCGACGUCAUGCGAAAUAUCGUGAAGAGCAAGGGGCCGGCGGGACUGUUCACGGGCGCGUUGGCGCGUGUGGGCAAGGUGGCGCCGGCGUGCGCGAUCAUGAUGAUCAGCUACGAGGCGGGCAAGCGUUUCUUCGGAGAGAGAAACGCAGCAGCAGCAGCAGCAGCUUCAGCUGCUGCUCCGUCUGCUACGGCAGGGACUACUUAAACCACUCUUGAUACGCACGUGGGGUUUAGGUCUCGAAACUUGUACGACUGAAAGAAUAUACGAUUGACGCUCUUUUUUAGUCGGUGUAACGAGUGAAAUAUGUCGGUGUUUCGGCUGCCUGCAACACGCUGCGCGGUCGCUGCGUCUGAGGUUGGGACGGGAUUAUUUUGUGCUUUCGGCUACCGCUUGUCUCCCGGCAUUGCUGUGUUUGCGGGAAGCGCGCGUGUUGCGAAAGGUGCUGCUCCGGUGUGUGUGCUUUGUUCUUUCAUUCCCGUCACUCGCAGAAAGUUGGCUGUCCAAGACGAAGGGCGGGGGUUAUUUUUCCAAGACUGUGAUUUCAGUGUGCCUCAAGGCUGAGUUUCGUUGGUAGUGAGAUGUGGAGAGGGGCCGAUGGUGUGGCAUCCCAUGGUGUGGCAUGCACCGCCUGUCAAGCACCAGUACGCACUACUCCUGGCCUUGAGCUUAAAUUCCACUAGUUGUCUUUCGCCGCCGCUUGUGCGAUUUACUUUGUGUCUCAUGUGAGGUGUGCGCAGGCUAUUUGCGCGUGGCGUUUUCCUUUUUUCCCCCCAAGAGUUUGGAGGUCGG